UAAAGGACUCUUUCGGUUUCAGAUCAGGUGCAUGACCUCAAAAAACAAGCAGCACCUCUGAUGGCCAUGCUAUAUUCAAAUAGUGGCCAACCCGGAAGGAAGUCAUAAAUUCCCCCCAUACUAGAAAAGGUCCUGAGAAAGCUCUUCCCCACAUUCCAAAAUUUUAUCAAAAAGAUUAUAAAAAAAAGAGAGGUUGCUUCUUGGGCUUUGCCCCUCCUCCACUCCAACUCUCUCUCUCGCUCUGCACAGUGCACACUUUACCUUUGACCCUUAGAUCAUCACAGAUCAACUGGACCUCUUCCCAAUUGUUCUUUUUUUUUUUCAAGAAAAGAAAAGCAAAAGGAGAGGUGGAAAUGUAGGAAAGGAAGGAGGAAAGUAAACUCAAGCCCUCGGAAAAAGUUCCCCUUUUGUAAUCGGUUCCUCACCGAGGGGUGACUUCUCUCUCUCCCCUUUCCUAAAAGCUCCAAAGCCCAGUGAAAGAAUUUCUUCGCUUACAAUCCCCAUGAAUCAUAAUGUCUACCUGCACAAAUUUUUAUCUCCCUAAUCCGCCGAAGCCCACUUCCAAAGUUUUCAUCUUUAUGCCAUCCUCAAAUUCGUCUGUCUCUCUCAGUUAAAACCUCUUAAACCUCUCAGAACCUCACCGGUUAUUUUCUCUGUACUCUCCCUGAGGACGACCCAAUACACCUUGGGUUUUUUGCUCCCUCGGUGCCCCUUGCCGUUGAUUCUGGCAUGUCUACCGCCACGCCACUGUACGAGCAACCACCGCCCACGCCCGUGACGUCCCAAGCCUACACCUCCCACGCCGGCCGCGGCUCGGUCGGGCCGGUCAUUGCGGUCCUCGCGGUGAUUACGGUGCUGGGAGUGAUAGCCGGCAUGAUCGGCAGGCUGUGCUCCGGGAGGCCCAUCAUGGGUCACGGCCAGUAUGACUUCGAAGGGUGGAUUGAGAGGAAGUGCUCCGCCUGCCUCGACGGCAGGGUCGACCCCCCUCCCCCGCGGCCGCCGGUGGCCGCCGCCGCCGUUAGCGGUGGCGCCGAGGAAGCGGCCCAGGAGGAGGCCGCGGAGGAGAUUAAGGUAGAGGAGGAGGAGGAGGAAGAGGAGGAGCCCCAGCUGCAGAGGAGAUCACAUGGAGAUGGCACUUCUUAAAAUCUUGACAAAAUCUCAUUCGUCUGCGGAGUUUGUUCUUUUCCACUCUCUCUCUCUCUCUCUCUCUGUGAGAGCUGGAUCUCUCUUUGAUUUUGAUAGCUGUGUUGGUGUUCUUAAUUGUUUCCUUCAGUUAUGAUGUUUGCAUUCUUUUGGUAGAAAUCAUAGCCGGGCUAUUGUGAAGGCGAUCUGCAAAAUGAUCCAUUUCUCUCAUCUCUAAUAUCCUUGAGAGGUUCAUCUCAUUGAGGAA